AUGAACAAGAAUUCACCGUCACCAAGCUCACCAACCCCUGUGAUACUUGUGUUAGUCACCAAUAAAUAGGGGAAAGUAUUAGAGCACAGCUAGUUCUUUAGAACAUUCUCAUCUUUCGGGCAAGUUAAAAAGGUAUUUGUUUAUUUUGAUUUUCGUUUAGAUACUUAUAUUCGAAAGAAAAAUCAUUUGGAAAGUUUUUAUAGAGUAUGAGAAUGCUCAGCAGGCCCAAUCAGCCUUAGUUUUGGAUGGGACCCUCUUUGAUUACUAACUUAAAAUGAGAGUACACCUCAGUCAACGUGAUUCUCUGGUGUUUUAGAAUAAUAACAAUUGUGGUGUUGGUAAAAUAUUUCCCCUAUCUUUUAGAUUACACUACUUUACAAUCAAAACAGCAGUUUUUCCAACAAUUGAAGGAGGACUCAGGCUCUCUCAAUCAAUAACUACAAUAGAAUCUUGACAUGCUCAAUUAGCUUAUUGCUCAGCUAAGCUAAACGGCAGAUUUGAAAGAACAAAUAUCCCUAAUCCAACAGAUAUAGGAGUACCGUAAUCAAACUUAACAAUUGACUGUUCUCUACCAGCAGCAAUUACGCAAUUAUGCAUCCGUUUUACAAAGGGAGGGAAAGAAAUAAAAAUAAAUCGUAUCCACUGUUACCACCCCUUCGCCCUCUCCCUUUUUGCACUCCACCUUGGAUUCCAUUAGGCAACAGAUUCCAGAGGAGUCUUCAGAAGACGAUAAGGAGGAGUUUUCUGAUGGAGAGAGUAUCUCCUCCCAAUCUUCAGAAAAAUCUUAGAAAUCUACUCAUUCAGAAGACAACUACAAUGAAGUCUUUUGCAAUGACUCCACAACUCCUUUUUCUUGUGGUGCCAGUCCCUUUACACCUUAUCCCUAAAAAGUCAUAACCAGUCCCUUCAUAAUGACUCCCACUACUCUCCCAACCUACUUAAUAGUUCAGCAUCCCAACAUCAAUCUACGUGUGGUGUAUAACAUCUUUAGUACAUUCACAAGAGUAGACGCCAUUUAUUAAAGUCAUCAUGGAGCCUUUCUUCAACUGGCUUCUAAAGAAGAGGCAAUUCGAAUGAAAAAUCUACUUGGCAAAGCCUUGCUUUUUGGAGCGCCAAUCAAUCUUAUUGUUUCAGAUCAACUUUCUCUUGACGCUCGCUUAAUUACUUUGCCUCCUAAUGAAAGAAAACCACUUCUAUAGUAAUAACUGUCGAACUCAAUCUUGAUCACUGGAUUAAACGGAGUCACGAUAGAGCAAAUAUAUCAAUAUUUCGGGUGCAUCACUCCCAUCUUAAAUAUGAAGUAUCCUAUUUCAAUACUAUUUUUUCUAGAUUCAUUAAUCAGAGCUCUUGUAAAAUACUGUAUUCAGAUGUCGGAUGCAGUCUAAGCGUCUUAGGAUAUAUCCAAGAUGCCAAGAUUAAUGGAAGGUAUCAAUAUAUAUUAUAUACUUUAGAUCUGUGUAACUUUCAUUCACAGCUUUCUGAUUAAUGAAUUCAUUCAAUAUUAUAAUAUUAUUUUAUCAAGC